AUGGGGGAAUUGACAUGUUUGGGCAGCUCAGGUGGCCCACAGCUCGCGUUGGAUGAAAUAGUGGGCAAUUCUGCCAAAAAUCCCCGCCAGUUUCACCUACAAGAUGACCUUAUAGCCUACACUGCCAGUGGGGGAGUGAUUGUGUCUGAGAUCAACACCAAAACAGGCCAGAUAGUGUCCCAGCGCUUCUUCUGUGCCAAUAGCAGCUACCACGGGUCGAAUUCGACCAGUAGCGCCAAUGCAUACUUGAAUAUGGCCUUUGACAUUGCAGAAGACACAGAAGUAAUCAAGGACCAGUAUGGGUACCCUGUCAACUCAGAUCCCACAGUGGUGACAGGAGCAAGUGGCAGCACGUACGGAGACCCCGAGUUUUUCAGCCCAGGAAACGAGAACGAUGGCGCAUCCCCAUCCAAGCUCAAGGACAGGGUCCGCAGCAUACACUGCAUCACAAUAUCUCCGAAUAAAAGGCUUCUAGCUAUUGGCGAAUCGGGGUACCAACCGCGAAUAUUGAUAUAUUCGUUGGCUCCUGACUCUUCCAAAAAUCCAAUCAUAUUGAUAUACGAACACUCAUUUGGCAUCAAUUCCGUGUCUUUUUCUCCCGACUCCCGAUAUUUGUGCUCGUUGGGGUUCAUAAACGAUGGCUUUAUCAACGUUUGGAAAGUGAACUUAACAUCUGCCUCGUUGCAUUCGAGCAAUAAGUGUUCUGCACCGAUAAAUCUGGUGAUAUGGCACGAGAAUUUCAUAAUAACUAUGGGACUACGGUUAAUUAAGGUCUGGAAGUUCGACAUACCCGACCAAGAUUCCAGUGCUGUAUCAAAACCAAGUGUAUUAAAGGGAAAGAAUGUACUAUUGGGUAACCUCAUAAAUUCAAAUUUCAUACAUGGAAGCAUUCUAAAUAGUGAUGAAUUAUUGAUCACUACAAGCACAAAUAAUCUAUUACUAUUGAAGCUCAACUAUGAAAGUUUGAGUCUUAUUACCCUCGAUACCCCCCAGUUCACUUUUUCGACAGUGUUGGUGGAUUAUGGAUCAGAAAUUAUUUGGUUUUCUUCAGAAGAUCAAAUAAAAUCCCUUCCGAUAUCGAAUUUAAGGGCUUCAGAUAGAGCUUCAGAUAUAUCAUCACCUGGUGUUACAAGACGCAACCAGUCGAGCGAUACAUUCAAAAGUCCAUCUAAGGAUUCUUUGGAAAGAAUCAAAUCAAAAGAUCAACCUGAACAAAUAGUGAAGAUUUUGAAUUUCACUAACAGUUUUCUCAUCUAUUUGACCGAUCAAGGAAUUAUCGCUCUAUACGAUAAAGAGAAAAACCAGAACAAAAAACUAAUAGAACCACUUAUGCAAAACUUUGGAGGAAUCAAACAGUGUGAUUCAGGAAAAGUGCUUAUAUUUUCAAAAAAUGGUGAGAUUAGAAGCAUAGAAGAUAAAGAAAAUACCACGGCACUAGAAGCUACAGUUUCAUUACCCAAUAAUGACCUCAUACAAAAUUCGUUAACAGCAAUAGAGCAACAUGGUGAUCUUUUAAUAAGUGGUGAUAAGUAUGGUAAUCUUAACAUUACCGGGCCAUCUGCAAAUGGAAUGACUAGUCUAAUUUAUCAAACAAAGGCGCAUUCUUCCAACAUUAACGAAAUAGUCUACUUUCAAGUAGACAAGUUUCAAAUCAUCACCACCAUUUCGAGGGACCGAAUGAUUCAAUUUUUCUACUCUAAAAUUGAGGAUAAUAAAUUUGAUAUUUUACAAACUAUACCAGUUCACAAUGGAAAUUUAUUGAAAGUGCAAUAUCAUGAAAAUAGGAUAUACGUGUGUUCUAGUGACAGAACUGUUUCGAUUCAUAAGAUUGAGAUUGAGGAUGAGGAGUUGCGAAUAACUCAGGACAAGCUAAUCACUACAAAAACCACCCCGUUGGCAAUGAAGGCCACAGGAGAUGAGUUGAUUGUGUCGACCAACGAAAAAUCAAUCUCAGUUUACCAAAUAAGUGAAUCAUAUGCAUUGAAGAGAACAUUGAAAUUACUCAAUGAUAAAACCAAUGAAAGCCUCUUGGUUGAAGAUUUCAUCGUUUUGAAAAAUAUGUUGAUUGUUUCAUGUUCAGAUAAAUCACUAAGAAUAUUUAAUUACGCAACGGGAAAGCAGCUCAGUGUCACAUGGGGUCAUCUGGAAAGCAUUAUGGGUCUCAUUUUGAGGUCAAACAAUGAAUUGAUAUCCAUCGGUGCUGAAGGUUGCUUGUUAAAGUGGCAAUUGCAAGAUUCUCAGAUCAAUGAGACCAAAAACGAAGAAAAAAUACUGGCGAAUGAAACAAGAGAAGAAGAUAUUGUUCCAAUUUACACCAAGGUAACUAGGAAAAUUAUCCCAAUAAUAGCAAAGCCAAAAAUCAAUGACAUCAAGUCUUUACUGAAAGGAGAUUGCGAAGAUGAAAGGUCUUCACCAAGCUCCUCACCAAGGCUAACUGCAGCUACCUUAAGAAGGAUGGAGUCAAGGAAGUCCAUGGACUCUGGUGUGCCAACUAGAAAAAGUGUCAGUCCAGUAAGGCCAUUG